GCUAGUUUCAAGGUGAGACGUUCAGCAGGCACAUUUGCUCACGGAUCUUUACCUUUUCCAAGUAAAAAGAGCCUUGAGUUGUUGUCAUUUUUAGUGUUAAGCUCCUGUUUUUGACGCCACUUUUUUCAGAAGCAUCAAAUCGAUGGCUGGAGCAGCGGCUCCUCGUCAUUAAAAGGAGCCGAAUGAGGUGUUUGAGGCAUCUAGUUAGGAUUCCUCCCCCCGGAGGUGUUUCCGCGAGGAGGACGGCGGGGCCGCUCUGCCUCGCCCGCAACCCAAACUCGGACAAGCAUAAGUUAAUGGUUGGACGGAUGUCCUCUUACAAGAGGAAGAAGACGGGUAGAGAAAACGUAAAAUCCAGCAUUCUUUGCUCACUCGUACAUGUGGAUGGAAACCCGAGGGGAUCACACGAAAACAGACAGACAGGCAGGCAGACAGACAGGCACAGGCAGCCCUCCACCAGCCCCAGCGCAGACACAAUGGAUUGGUCGUCAUCCGCCGCCGCCGCCGCCCUCAUGGCCAGCAACGUGACCAACAAGACCGACCCCCGCUCGCUCAACUCCCGCGUCUUCAUCGGCAACCUCAACACCCUGCUGGUCACCAAGAACGACGUGGAGGCCAUCUUCUCCAAGUACGGCAAGAUCGUGGGCUGCUCCAUCCACAAGGGCUACGCCUUCGUCCAGUUCGUCAACGAGAGGAACGCCAGGUCCGCGGUGGCCGGGGAGGACGGCCGCAUGAUCGUGGGUCAGGCGCUAGACAUCAACCUGGCGGGCGAGCCGAAGCCCCACAGGUCAAAGACGAUGAAGCGAUCCGCCGGAGACAUGUACAGCUCAACUUUUGAUUUGGACUACGAUUUCCAAAGAGAUUACUACGACAGUACUCUCCAGUCAGAUCGGGGUCAUCUGUCUGACAGCCGAAGCUGGAUCUCCCAACACGAGCAAAGUUACAACAGAAUGGUUGAAAAAGAAUCUAAAUCAAGGAUGUACUCGUACCAGUCCCGGGCGCCGGCUCCGCCGCCCCCCCUGUCCCGCGCCGUGGUCCCCUCCAAGCGCCCCAGGGUCAGUCUGAGCGGCGGGGGAAACCGACGAAGCAAGACGGCCUUUUCCUCCUCCUCCUCCAAGAGCAGCCAGAGGUCUUCACACACAAUGAGGACGGAUGAUCUGCAGACCAUCAAGAGGGAGCUGACGCAGAUCAAGCACAAGGUGGACCACCUGCUGGAGAGCCUGGAGCGCAUGGAGAAGGACCACAACAGGAAGUCAGUAUCAAAGUGUGGGACAGUGAGGACGGAAGAUCUGCAGACCAUCAAGAGGGAGCUGACGCAGAUCAAGCACAAGGUGGACCACCUGCUGGAGAGCCUGGAGCGCAUGGAGAAGGACCACAACAGGAAGUCAGCCGCCUACUCGGACAUGAAGAGCUCCAAGCCGGAGCCCGGCGAGGUGUCCCCCCUCCACUCCUCCACCUCCAGCAAGAAGGACGAGAGCCUGAAGAGGGACAGGGAGAGCCAGGAGCUGAACGACUCCGAGGAGGAGGGAGACCUGCUGGAGGACGAGGACCAGGUGAAGCGCAGAGGAAGGGACGAGGAUGAGGAGGACGAAGGUGAGCCGGAGGAAGGCGAAGACGACGGCGACAGCGCCAACGGCGACGAGUCCUGAACAGGAGGCGCACACACAAAGACACGAGGAGUAAACGCAACGGUUGCUUGGGUUUCCGGGCUCCGGGCUCGUACGCAGUGGUCAUGUGCUCGUAGCGGCCGCAGCGGCCGCAGGUUUAUCUACCGUGUGUUGCUCGUUUCGGAUUCUGUCCAGUUUUAUUUCACGUUGUCAAUAUUCCAUAUUGUUUUUGACUUUUUUAAUAAUUGCCAUGUUCCACUACUGGAUAAGUUCACACUACGAUUACAUACAUUCAAGCAAACUGUAAAGAAGUAGUAAAGUGUAAGCGGUUUGAUGUCAGGUUAUAUUCCUUUUUGUAUUUUGACUGUUUCUGAGAAAAAUGUUUUAAAAAAAAAAACCAACAAAAAAAACACCUUGCAGCAGCUGUAACUUUAACAAAACAGGUAUAAAGAUGUGUUCAGGUGAACUGCUCUGUGUUUAACGUAGAUCUUAUAAAGUACCGCAUGCUCCUGCUGCACCGACGCCUCCUGGCCAGCAGGGGGCGGCGGUCAACAUCACAACUACACCGUUUUUUUUUUGUGUUUUGUUCUUCACCAAAUCUUUUUUUCCUCACGUCACACUGCAUACAAUGUCACAGAGAUGAUGCCCUCUUCCUCGUCAGUUUGUAGUGCAGUCAGUCUCCAUGUUUGUCUGCUUCCGUCACCGACGAAGCUGCACUGGUGAAAGUUAAUAAAACAUGUUUUCUCA